GAUUCCGUUCUUUGAGGUGUUUAGUACUAUUUUAUGGCCUUGGUGGAUAUUUCCGUGUUUAAUUUUAAGAACAUGGAGAUUUGGUGGCUGUACGCUAAUUAAAUCGAGUAGCAUCCAUAUGCAAAAGAACAAAUCCUUUGAAAAAAAGGACGGAAGGGGAAGUUGUAAAAUAUGUAUCUAUACAAUUUAACCUUACAAAAAGGCACUGGCAUUACACAUGCCGUGCAUGGGAACUUCUCUGGUGGAAAACAGCAGGAGGUGAUUCUCUCCCGUGGAAAAUCCUUGGAGUUGGUACGCCCAGAUUCGAAUACGGGAAAGGUACACACGGUCUUGUCUGUAGAAGUUUUUGGGUGUAUACGUGCCUUGAUGUCUUUCAGACUGACGGGAGGAACUAAAGAUUACAUUGUCGUUGGCUCCGAUUCAGGACGAAUUGUUAUUCUUGAGUAUAAUCCUACCAAGAAUUCUCUAGACAAAGUGCAUCAAGAAACUUUUGGCAAAUCUGGUUGUCGGCGUAUUGUUCCAGGGCAAUAUUUUGCUAUAGAUCCUAAAGGACGUGCUGUUAUGAUAGGUGCAGUGGAGAAACAGAAGUUGGCCUACAUUCUCAAUCGUGAUACGCAAGCUCGUCUUACAAUAUCCUCGCCUUUGGAAGCACAUAAAUCGAAUACGCUCACCUAUCAUAUGGUAGGAGUUGAUGUCGGUUUUGAUAAUCCAUUAUUUGCAUGCUUAGAAAUCGACUACGAAGAAGCAGAUAAUGAUCCUACAGGCGAAGCUGCACAACGCACGCAGCAGACCUUGACGUUCUAUGAAUUGGAUCUGGGUCUUAAUCAUGUUGUACGCAAGUACUCUGAACCACUUGAGGAACACGCAAACUUCUUAAUAUCUGUACCAGGUGGUAAUGAUGGCCCAUCCGGAGUACUGAUUUGUUCGGAAAAUUAUCUUACAUAUAAAAAUUUGGGUGAUCAGCAUGACAUUCGCUGUCCCAUACCACGCAGGCGAAAUGAUUUGGAUGAUCCUGAUCGUGGGAUGAUAUUCAUUUGUUCGGCUACGCAUCGUACAAAGAGCAUGUACUUCUUUUUGGUGCAGACCGAACAGGGUGAUAUAUUCAAAGUAACUCUUGAAACAGAUGAUGAUGUUGUAUCUGAGAUCAAACUCAAAUAUUUCGAUACUGUACCGCCAGCUAUUGCCAUGUGUGUAUUGAAGACUGGUUUCCUGUUUGUAGCUUGUGAAUUUUGCAACCAUUAUCUCUAUCAAAUUGCUCAUCUUGGAGAUGACGACGAUGAACCUGAAUUCAGCUCAGCUAUGCCCCUCGAAGAAGGCGAAACGUUCUUUUUUGCGCCGCGACCAUUAAAAAAUCUCGUUAUGGUUGACGAAAUGCCUUCUUUUGCACCUAUAGUUUCGUCACAAGUUGCUGAUUUGGCCAACGAAGACACCCCUCAACUUUAUGUGUUGUGCGGCAGAGGUCCUCGUUCUUCAAUGCGUGUCCUGCGACAUGGCUUAGAAGUUAGUGAAAUGGCUGUAUCAGAACUACCAGGAAAUCCAAACGCUGUAUGGACGGUUAAGAAGCGAAUUGAUGACGAGUUCGACGCUUAUAUAAUAGUGUCAUUUGUGAAUGCUACGCUUGUUUUAAGCAUUGGUGAGACCGUCGAAGAAGUAACAGACAGUGGUUUCCUAGGAACCACUCCCACUUUGAGUUGUUCUUCUUUGGGUGAUGAUGCUCUGGUUCAAGUGUAUCCCGAUGGUAUACGUCAUAUACGUUCUGAUAAGCGUGUGAAUGAAUGGAAAGCUCCUGGAAAGAAAUCGAUUACAAAAUGUGCCGUAAAUCAGCGUCAAGUGGUAAUCACGCUGUCAGGAAGAGAACUAGUUUACUUCGAAAUGGAUGCCACUGGCGAACUGAACGAAUAUACUGAGCGUUCGGAAAUGCCUAAUGAAAUCAUGUGUAUGGCUCUCGGUCAAGUACCGGAGGGCGAACAACGCUCGUGGUUUUUAGCUGUUGGUUUGGCUGACAACACUGUACGCAUUAUCUCUUUAGAUCCAAAUGAUUGUCUUUCACCCUGCUCUAUGCAAGCUUUGCCAUCACCUGCCGAGUCGCUUUGCAUAGUCGAAAUGGGGCAUACAGAAAGUACUACAAGUGGUGCAAAUGAUGAACCCGGUGAUCGUACUACCAACACUUCUACAAAGGGCACAAUUUACCUUAAUAUUGGCCUGAGCAAUGGUGUGCUAUUGCGUACUGUAUUAGACCCGGUAUCUGGCGACUUGGCUGACACGCGUACUCGUUAUCUUGGCUCUCGACCAGUAAAGCUCUUUCGGAUACGAAUGCAAGGCUCGGAAGCUGUACUUGCUAUGUCUAGUCGCACUUGGCUCUCAUACUAUCAUCAAAAUCGAUUCCACCUAACACCAUUAUCUUAUGAAACCCUUGAAUAUGCUUCGGGAUUCUCUAGUGAACAGUGUAGCGAAGGAGUCGUUGCCAUCUCGACCAAUACGCUGCGUAUUUUGGCUUUGGAAAAAUUGGGCGCAGUAUUUAACCAGGUUUCUUUUCCUCUUGAGUACACACCACGCGCUUUUGCUAUUCAUCCAGAUACGGGUCGUAUGAUUAUUGCGGAAACUGAUCACAAUGCAUACACAGAUGAGACAAAAAACGCACGUAAACAGCAAAUGGCAGAAGAAAUGCGAAUGGCUGCAGGCGAUGAGGAACGCGAGUUGGCCAAUGAAAUGGCGAAUGCAUUUAUUAGCGAAGUUUUACCUGAGGAAACGUUCUCGUCACCUAAAGCUGGCCUGGGUUUGUGGGCUUCGCAAAUACGUGGAUUGGACCCUAUACAUGGGCAUACAUUUUUUAAAAUACCAUUUGUGCAAAAUGAAGCAAUCAUGUCCAUGUGCAUUCUCAAGUUUAACAUUGCUGCCGAUGGACGAUAUUACUUGGCACUUGGUGUGGCUAAAGAAUUGCAGCUAAACCCGCGUAUAACGAAUGGUGGUUGUAUUGACAUUUACAAAAUUGAUCCCACCUGCUCGAAUGUAGAAUUUAUGCAUCGCACCGAAAUCGAUGAAGUACCGGGUGCAUUGGCCAGUUUCCAGGGACGAUUAUUGGCAGGUUGUGGUCGGAUAUUACGAAUUUAUGACUUGGGGAAAAAGAAGUUGCUUCGCAAGUGUGAAAAUAAACACAUUCCAUAUCAAAUUGUCAAUAUACAGGCAAUGGGGCACCGCGUCUAUGUGUCGGAUGUACAAGAAUCAGUUUUCUUUGUACGAUAUAAGAGAGCAGAAAAUCAACUUAUCAUUUUCGCAGAUGACACACAUCCACGUUGGGUAACUGCUACCACCUUAUUGGACUACGAUACAAUUGCCAUCGCUGAUAAAUUUGGCAAUAUGAGUGUGCAGCGAUUACCACACUCUGUAACGGAUGAUGUUGAUGAGGAUCCAACUGGCACUAAAUCGCUGUGGGACCGCGGUUUGCUGUCUGGAGCGUCACAAAAAUCGGAGAAUAUUUCCUCUUUUCAUGUGGGUGAAAUCAUAAUGUCCUUGCAGAAAGCUACUUUAAUACCUGGUGGCUCCGAAGCAUUAAUAUACGCAACACUUAGCGGUACCGUCGGUGCUUUUGUACCAUUUACCAGUCGCGAGGACUUCGACUUCUUCCAACAUUUGGAGAUGCAUAUGCGCAAUGAAAAUCCGCCACUAUGUGGUCGCGAUCAUUUGAGCUACAGAAGUUCAUACUAUACCGUGAAAAAUGUGCUGGAUGGCGAUUUAUGCGAACAGUAUUUAUCUAUAGACCCGGCCAAACAGAAGAGCAUUGCCAGCGAUAUGUUCCGAACUCCGAACCAGAUAUGCAAAAAACUGGAGGAUAUACGCACGCGCUACGCUUUUUAAGGCAUUUCAAAUACUGGUUGGCUUGAUGACUCAACGUGUAGAUCCAGAAAGACAUUUAUAAAUUCAGAUAGACUUAAGCUACUACCCUUCGCAGAAUUCAUCAUCCAUGCAUACUUCGAUUGGCGUUUAUUAGUUUUUUAAUCGGCUUUAAUGUAAAGUACAUCUAAGGAAUCUGCUGAGGUCAUCAAAAGAUCUCAAAAGAAUUUUGUAAAUUUUUAUUGAAAAAACAACCACUCAUAACUGCCCAUCUCAAGAUAAAUAAUCUUAGUCUAAAUAAUAGUUCUUAAUUGAUAAGCCUCGCUCGCUAUAAUUAGUUGAGCAUUUAUUAUUACAAUAUUUAGUAUUGUCUAAAAAUGUAA